GGAGGCGCGGCAAAUUCGUCGACUGGAGUGCGCUUCUGUGGAGGAGUUGAUUCGAGAGUGCGGAGACAGAGGCUGGAAGGGACAGCUGGACAGCGCAGUGGGAGCGUUCGAAGUGCCGCUACACUGACCAAUUGUCAGAGAGCGACUUCGGAUUGCCUUGAAACUAUUUAAGGAUCUUUGUAGCAAAAGCUCGCGGGGAGAAAAGAAGACAAUAAACAGGAACAUAGUGAUUUGACAAUGGAGAAGCAUAAAGUGUUGGAGCGGUUGCUGGAGGAGCUGCAGAGGUUCUUGAAGCUGCUGGAUGCGGAGAAGUUGAGUGGAAACGCCACGGUUCAGAAGAGCCUCCUCACAGACCUGCUGCAGUCCUACACGUCAAACGGCUCAUGUGGGGAUGAGGAGUACAUUUACAUGAAUAAAGUCAUCGUUGGCAACAGUAAAGGCCCAACAGACCGAGACCACAGAGUUGAGACAGAGGCCAAUGGGAAGUAUGCUCCAGGCCCUCAGAAGAGUCUUCCAGAGUUGCCUCCGCCUCGAUCGUGUGUGGUGGGAAGAGAGCCCUUUCCCUUGCCUGCUGUGCCCAGUGAGUCCCCUGAGGGCUACUACGAGGAGGCCCAGCCUUACGACACCACCAUCAACGACGACGGUGAAGCGGUCAGCAGCUCCUACGAGUCCUACGACGAGGAGGAGGUCUCCAAGGGCAAGUCGGGGGCGGCGCAGCACCAGUGGCCGUCCACUGAGGCCUCUAUCGAGCUGAUGAAGGACGCCCGCAUCUGCGCCUUCCUCUGGAGGAAGAAGUGGCUGGGCCAGUGGGCCAAGCAGCUGUGCGUCAUCCGUGACACGCGCCUACUGUGCUACAAGAGCUCCAAGGACCAGACGCCGCUGCUGGAUGUGAGCCUGGUGGGCUGCUCUGUCAUCUACAAGGAGAAGCAGCCCAAGCGCAAGGAGCACAAGCUGAAGAUCAUCCCACAGGGCGGCGAGGCCAUCGUGCUGGGCCUCCAGAGCAAGGAGCAGACUGAGCAGUGGCUAAAGGUGAUUCAGGAGAUCAGCCCCAAAUCCACAGAAGGGUCCGAUGUGUCCGACUCGCCGCGCCUCAUCUGCACCAAGGGCGAGCUUGGCGAGAGAUACUCAGUGGCGUCAGAGAGCGGCAGCAGCACAGACAGCCCCGCCGAAGCCCUGGAGGCUCGCGACGUGAAGAAGAAGUAUGGAGCGGGCCUGAAGUUCAGUAAUCUGAUGAACAUCGGGAAGAAGAAGAUCUCCUCUUAUGACAGUCCAGAGAAAUGUGUGGACACCUCCGGUUACCUUAACGUGCUGGUGAACAACCAGUGGCGCUCGCGCUGGUGCCUGAUCAAGAACGGCCAGCUGUGGGUCUACCAGGACAAGAGCAAGGGCAAGCCGGCCCAGCAACCGGUGCCGCUGGGGGGCUGCCUGGUGCUGCCCGACCCCAGCCCAGAACACCUCUACUCCUUCCGCAUCCAGAUGGACGGGGAGCAGCUUGCCACCCUGGAGGCCAAGUCGUCGGCCGAAAUGGGCCACUGGCUGGGCUUGCUGCUCUCGCAGACGGGGACCAAGACCGACCCGGAAGAGCUGGCCUACGAUUACGUGAACUCGGAGAGGAUAUCCAGCAUAGUCAACGCGGCGAAGACCUCCAUGUACCUGAUGCAGAGGAGGUACUCCGAGCCCAACACUUACACAGACAGUCCCCCCUCCGACCUCCCAGGAUCGGAUGACAUUUACGAUGACGUGCCAUCCACCGAGAACGAGAUGGAGGAGGGUCUGGAGAACGGUGGCGAGGUGCUGACGGUGGAGCAGGACUCGAAGGACCGGCUGUACCUGGACCUGGUCCCCGUGCGCUCCUUCCUGCACACCAGCUCCCCCGGCCACACGUCUCCGCAGUCGUCGGCCCAGCCUCAGGGUCAGCAGCAGCCACAGCCGCCGCCACGGGACGGCAGCCCAACGGAGGCCCCCGCUGAGGAGCCGCAGGAGAACGCCUACCAGGAUGUCCUCCCCAACGAGGAGCAGUACGAGUCCAGCCUGCCCUGCGACACGACCCCACCACCCAAAGCUGACCCCGAGCCCCCGUCCUACACCAGCCCUCGUCUCCACACCCAGACCCAGAGCCAGAACCAGACCAAGCCCCAGAACCAGACCCCGACCCCGACCCAGAGCCAGAGCAAGCCCCAGAACCAGACCCCGACCCAGAGCCAGACCCCGACCCAGAACCAGACCCCGACCCAGAGCCAGACCAAGCCCCAGAACCAGAACCCGACCCAGACCCAGACCCAGAACCAGAGCCAGAGCCAGAGCCAGACCCAGAACCAGAACCAGAGCCAGACCCCGACCCCGACCCCGACCCCGACCCCGACCCAGAACCAGACCCAGAACCAGACCAAGCCCCAGAACCAGAACCAGACCAAGCCUCAGAACCAGUGCCAGACCAAGCCCCAGCCCAGCAGCUUCCUCAGCCAAGAGACCACCAAGAAGGCAAACACCAGCUCCAGCUCCAGCACCCACCUUCAGACCCAUGUGGCCUCCCAGACCCCCCAGAGCCCCUCAACCGUCCGGGGGAGAGCUGCCAGCGCGGACAAGGCCCGAGUUCCUGUGGCAGCGUGCUCGGGGUCGAUCGAGGUGAGGCUGGGGAAGAACCGGACGGAGGCCGACGUGCGGCGCUACACAGACGAGCGCGACUGUCUGGAGAAGGAGCGUGAGGAGGUUAAGAGCAGCCUGGCCACCUUCCGGAAGGAGCGGCGCGAGGCCAAGGAGGAGCUCAGCACCUGCCAAGACCCAGCGAAGCAGGCCAUCCUGGAGGCGUGUCUGAAGCUGAAGGACGAGGCGUGUCGGGAGGCGGAGCGCCGGCGCGUCGAGGUGGAGCUGCGUCUGAUGGAGGUCAAGGAGAGCCUGAGGAAGGUGGAGGCUGGCCCCUUCACCCUUGGCACUACUGUGGACAGCAGCCUGCUAGACACCACUGUGUCUAAGGCAGUUCCCACAUUUACUCCAGCUCCGGUCCCUGCUGCCCUCACCAGUAAUGGCGACACAUCACCAGUCAACUCGGCCACAGCUUUGAAAAACAGGCCUCUUUCCAUCAUGGCCAGCAAAGGAAAGGUGCUCGCCAAGGCAAAGGAAUGGGAGAAGAAGACUACAUCCUAGGGACGAGGAGCGGUUCACUUGAUACAACCAAUGCUGAUUUCUAAAGGGCCUUUGGCUCGACCAGGCUGCUUCUGCCUAGCAGGACCAGAGGCGGGAAUAACUGCCCUAUCUUCUCCUCUUGUGUCUGCCAGCCAUGCCCCCUAAAAACCUGCUUGUCCAAUCAAAGACACAGACAGUACUGAGUGACAGCAGGUAUCUUCUUUGACACAGCCCACCACUCUGCCUCCCAGGACAACUAAUGCCACUGGACAAUGUUUGAAUUUGGGAGUGACAGGACGACAACAAAACAAGAAACUAUUUAAUAUUUGUUUGUUUGUUUGUUUUUAUAUAUGAAAAAGGGAGGGAUUUUAAUAACAUUGCAUUUUUUUCCAGACUUUUUUCAAUGACAUGUUUCGCAAUACAGCAGUAUGCACAUAAACGUACGGCAUGAUGUGUGUCUUUGGUUUUCUUGUGUAAAUGAAACGUGACCAAAUGAGGACCGAGAUGGUGAGUGUCGUCGCAUUUCCGCAUGCCGCCCCUUCAACCCCUCCCGUGCUGUGGACAGUUGGUACAGUCCAGAUUGUAACUUGGUCUAUGUAAGAUGGGAGCCAAGAUGUAAAUACAUAUUACGCCAUUCAGUUCUGUUUCUUUUUGACUUGUUACUGUAUGCUAGCUAAAACAUGCACUUUUUAUUCAAAUAAAAAAAACUUGGUAAUUACAGCAA